CUGUGUGGAUCAAUCUGGAGGUAGUUGAAGCUCCAGUCUUCACAUGGAAUCAGCUUCGAGCACAGCUUCAAUGGAGGAACUCCGAUACUGAAAAUUGAAAAAUAAAGAGAAAAUGGAAGAGAAAGAAGCUUGUUUCGAGUGCCUCCAGCGCCGAAUUGAAUCUGAUUUCUCAGAACAAUUAGUUUUCUCCUAUGGUGUUUCCGAUUCACCUCUUCCGUUCGGUUCCUCCGCCGUUGUUCAGAUGCCUAAUUCAAGCGGGGAGCCUUCAGCUGCAGCUUCUCAAUUCGUUUUAGUGUAUUUGCCCAGUGACGAGCAGGAUUGCUUGAGUAAAUAUGUUGAUGAAUAUAUCAAUGAAAAUCCUGUGGGAAGCAAUAAAAGUGGGAGUGCUGGUCUACUAUCAUCAGAAGGAAAUGGAGUUGAGAUGAAGACCAAUGUUGGGAGUGACAAGACUACUAAUGUAUCUGAUUCCUUACUAAACAAAUCUAGUUCUUUGUCUAAUGGUGGCAAAAAAGCAUCAGUAGGUGGGAUGGGAUAUGAAAAUGGCAGUUGUGACCACUUUUCUUGGUUUUCUUACUCAAGGAAAAUCACUGCAUUGGCCUCAAUUGCUUAUGUUGGUGUUUGCUCGUAUUCUAUAUUUGAAGAGCUUGCAUCUAGCUUCUUGUCUGGGAAUUUGGAAGAUCAUAUAUUGUGUUCGCUUAAUCUGCUGAUACAGGGAAAAGCUUCAGGACGAGAUAGUUUAAACUUUCUUCGUCUAGUUGGAAUACCAUCAUUUGAUGAGAAUAGCAUCCCUGGUUGCUUAAGGCACCCAAACAUAGCUCCUAUUCUUGGAUUACUGAAAACUUCUAAUCAUGAUAUUAAUUUAGUGCUUCCAAAAACUCCAUAUACCUUGGAAAAUGUUCUUCAUUACAGCCCAAAUGCCUUAAUGUCUGAGUGGCAUAUAAGAGUGAAUUGCUGCAUGGGAUGUUGUUCUUCCCGAGACCUAUAUGCUGGCUUGAAGCUUUCCCCAUCUUUAGAUUGGCAUUCUCAGUUCAAUAGAUGGUGGAGGGGAGAGUUAAGUAAUUUUGAUUAUCUGCUCUUCUUAAACCGACUUGCUGGGAGAAGGUGGGGAGACCACACGUUUCAUCCAGUAAUGCCUUGGGUAAUAGAUUUUAGCACAAAACCUGAUGAGAACUCUGAUUCAGGGUGGCGGGAUUUAAGCAAGAGCAAAUGGCGGUUGGCAAAAGGUGAUGAGCAGUUGGACUUCACUUAUUCAACUUCUGAAGUACCACAUCAUGUUUCAGAUGAGUGUCUAUCUGAGUUGGCUGUCUGCAGCUACAAAGCAAGGAGGUUGCCUUUAAGUGUUCUACGAAUGGCUGUUCGUUCUGUAUAUGAACCUAAUGAGUAUCCUUCUACCAUGCAAAGACUUUAUCAAUGGACACCUGAUGAGUGCAUCCCAGAAUUUUACAGUGAUCCUCGUCUAUUUUAUUCUCAGCACUCUGGUAUGACCGAUCUGGCUGUCCCUUCAUGGGCAGAUAGUCCUGAAGAAUUCAUUAAAUUGCAUUGUGCUGCACUAGAAAGCAAUCGAGUCUCAUGCCAUAUCCAUCAUUGGAUAGAUAUAACCUUUGGAUACAAAAUGUCAGGACGGGCAGCUAUUGAUGCCAAGAAUGUGAUGCUGUCUUCAUCAGAGCCCACAAAGCCAAGGUCAGUUGGACGCCGUCAGCUCUUUACUCAACCUCAUCCUGCACGCCGAGGUGUUACCCUGCAAAAUCAUGAUAACGCUUCCUGUUUAGAAGAGUUAGAAGAAGCAUCUGCAUUUUCUGAACAUGCCAGGCAUUUGAGUCCUUGCUAUAAUUAUGAUAAAGAAGAGUUUCUGAAGCAAAGAUCUUCUCCAGGAGAGUUCUGCCUUAAUAAUUUGAAUCGAAGUGCACUUAACCCACCUUAUAUUGGUAAUUACCAUGGGUUUCCAUCUGCUGUUGAUUCCAACUAUCUUCUUGAGCGUAUAGCAGAGGAGGAUGAAGGUUCUAUAGGAUAUCAAGAGUUAUUUCUUUGGAGGCAGAAAACAUCUUAUUCAAGGUUGUUCUCCAAAGAUGCUGCAGCAGACAUAUUUUCUUUGGGUUGUCUCUUAGCGGAACUUUAUUUGAGGAGGCCACUCUUUGAUUCUACUUCGUUGGCCAUGUACCUGGACAGUGGUGUCUUACCUGGACUGAUGCUGGAACUUCCACCUCAUGCCAAAUUACUAGUUGAAGCGUGCAUUGAGAAAGAGUGGAAAAGGAGACCAUCAGCAAAAAGCCUUUUGGAUUCUCCAUAUUUUCCUCAAACAGUAAAGUCAGCCUACUUGUUUACUGCUCCACUUCAACUUAUUGCAAAUGAUGGAUCCAAACUAUGCUAUGCUGCAAACUUUGUAAAACGAGGAGCCCUGAAAGCAAUGGGAACUUUGGCUGCUGAAAUGUGUGUGUCAUACUGUUUGCCACUUGCAGUGUCACCUUCAUCUGAUAAAGAAGCUGAAUGGGCUUAUAUACUGCUGAAAGAAUUUAUAAAAUGUUUGACUCCACAAGCAGUGAAGAAAUAUGUUUUGCCCUCUAUCCAGAAGAUCCUUCAGGCUACAGGCUAUUCUCAUUUGAAAGUUUCUCUUCUCCAAGACACUUUUGUUCAAGAAAUAUGGAACCGGAUUGGGAAGCAAUCAUAUCUGGAAAUGAUACAUCCUCUGGUUAUAUCAAAUCUAUACACUUCUCCUCACAAGAGUUCAGCUGGUGCUGCUUCUGUACUGCUAAUUUGCUCCAGUGAAGAGCUUGGUGUACCUAUUACUGUUAAUCAGACCAUCUUGCCUCUAAUUCAUUGCUUUGGGAAAGGACUCUGCCCUGAUGGAAUUGACGUGCUUGUCCGAACUGGUGGCCUUUUGGGUGAGUUCUUUGUUGUCAGGCAGAUACUACCUUUGCUUAAAAAUGUAGCCUGCUCCUGCGUUAAUACUUCUUAUAUGAAUAAGCCUGAGCCUGUGCAGAGCUGGAGUGCUCUGGUGCUUAUUGAUUGUCUAAUGACAUUAGAUGGUCUAGUUGCCUUCUUGCCAAGGGAGGUGGUUGUAAAGGAGCUGAUUGAAGGUCAGAGUUGCUUACCUGUUAUGGUUCUCAUGCAGAAAUGUCUGGAGAUUUCAGUGCAUCAGGUUGCUUCUUCAACUCUCAUGGCAAUUUGUCAGAGGAUUGGACCAGAGUUAACUGUGUUGCAUGUCUUGCCCCAGCUUAAGGAGUUAUUUGAUGAGCUUGCCUUCUCACCAGAACGUUCCAGUAGUUCUGGUUCUGUUGGUCGAAGCUUGAAGAUAUCAAGACCUAAAGUUGAUGGCGAGUCUCCAGUUGCAAGCCGUAUGGAUAUUGUGUUGCUUCUGUAUCCAUCUUUUGCGUCCCUACUUGGGAUAGAGAAACUUCGUCAAGGUUGUGCCACUUGGUUGCUUCUGGAGCAGUUUCUUCUACGUUCUCAUAAUUGGAAGUGGGAAUAUACAGGAGAAUUGUCUCGGAGUAGUACAGAGUAUAUAACUGCAAAAAGGCCUGGAUUAAUCAAAGGCUCAGCAUCUGAAUAUAGUCCUGCUAAAAUGUUGCUUAAUGGGGUUGGCUGGUCAAUUCCACAAUCUCAGGGGAGCAGAAGUGCCAAAAACUUGAUGCCUCAGAAACGUUUUACCAAUAUUCAACAAAGUGCAGUCGAAAGGCAUGAAACAACUUCAAGCUUUUUGAAGACUGAACCUUGGUUUUGGUUCCCUAGUCCAGCUGCUAGCUGGGAUGGUCCUGACUUCCUAGGGCGUUUCGGUGGUCCAAAAGAUGAAUUUCCGUGGAAGAUCCGUGCAUCUGUUGUAUCCUCCAUUCGUGCUCAUCAUGGGGCAUUAAGAUCUUUAGCAGUUUGCCAAGAUGAGAGUACAGUUUUCACUGCAGGCAUUGGUCCAGGAUUCAAAGGAACUGUUCAGAAGUGGGAUUUGACAAGAAUAAAUUGUGUAUCUGGCUAUCAUGGUCAUGAGGAGGUUGUAAAUGACAUUUGUAUCUUGUCAUUGAGUGGACGGAUGGCAUCAUGUGAUGGAACUAUACAUGUUUGGAAUAGCCAAACGGGGAAACUGAUCUCUUUAUUUUCUGAACCAUCAUUGGAUUCUCCACAUCUUUCAAGCUCUUUGUCUUCUCCAUUGAAGGUCAAUACUGAACAUAGUGAUAUGUUGAAUUCCAAUACACUAUCAAGUGGAGUUUUGACUAGUGCACUUGAUGGGAGCUUGUAUACUUGCAUGCAUUACCUGGAAUUUGCUGAAAUGCUUGUAGCGGGCACUGGAAAUGGUUCUCUAAGAUUUAUUGAUGUUUCUCGAGGUCAAAAACUUCAUUUGUGGAAAGGAGAAUUUAUUGAAUCUCCAUUUCCCUCUAUUGUCUCUGCCAUAUCUUCACGUGGAUCUGACAAACUGCAAGCGGGUGGGGGUGGAGCUUUUGCUUCACCAUCUUGGAUUGCAACUGGAUUAAGUUCUGGUCAUUGUAAGGUAUUUGACUUUAGGAGUGGAAAUGUUAUUUCUUCUUGGAGAGCUCAUGAUGGAUAUGUGACAAAGUUGGCUACUCCGGAGGAGCAUUUGCUUAUUUCGAGUUCUCAUGACAAAACUUUGAGAAUUUGGGACUUAAGGAGAAAAUUGUCUUCACCUUUGACUGUUUUCAAAGGACAUACAGAUGCAGUUUCUGGUUUCUCAAUUUGGGGCCAGGAUGUUAUUUCAAUUUCCAAAAAUAAGAUUGGACUUUCAUCUUUGUCUAAAUUCACUGACGAAGAUGGGCAGCAACGCAUUACACCACAGAAACUGUAUAUGGCAGAUAAUGGAAGUAGAAACGUUUCAGUGCUGUCAAGUAUUUGUAUUCUACCCUUCUCGCGGUUGUUUCUUGUUGGGACAGAAGAUGGCUAUAUGAGAAUUUGUUGCUGAGUUGUAUAUUUUUGUACAUUAUUUUCUCCUAAUCUCUGUGAUAUGAAUGAAAGUUAAUCAUAUGCCACGGAGAAAAUCCCUUAUUUUUUAUUCUUUUAAUAUUAUCAUUAUUUUAUGUAGUUCUUGGUUGUUGAUUGAAUAACUUCAUCUUUACAAAAGAUUGGUGUAUGACUGGUAUUGCAUAACU